UUUCCCCUUUUCAUGGUCGGAAAGCAGAUUGCCGUUUUCGCGCGACAGUUCUACGUCUUCAGUUCUUCUACUAGUCAUUUUGCUUCUGUUUGUGAGUGGAAAUCUUCUACCUGCCCUAAACUGGAAAUCGAAUUCCACCGUUUUGUUCAAUUUUCAAAGCCAUAGAGAUAAGCGUCAAUUUCUUUUUCUACCUUCUACUCUUCUUGGCGUUUUUCUGGUUAUUCUGCCAGAAUCCCUAAAUCCCCUUCUUCGAAGGAUUUCGCUCCUCUCUUGCGGCUUUUGUUUGGAUGUGACUGCUUGGAUGAAUAUGAUUUCGCUCUUGUUUGGUUGGGUUGUUUGGUACUUCCAAGUUCCAAGUUCGAAUGAUUUUGCGCUUGUGUUUGAUACUCCGAGAUUACUUCUCUCUUUCUUUUUGAACGAAAGCUGUGCUCUAUAUAUAUAUAUGAAUCAAGAAGAUUACAACGAAAACAAAAGAAUACUUCAAGGUUACUUAUAUGUGUGUGCCACGCGCGCACAUAUUCAGACCCUUGUAUAGCUUUGGUGAGGGAACUGCUCAGAUUCCACCCCAAAUGCAAAGCGGCGUCGUUUUGAGUUGGUAGAGAGAAGCUGAUUCUAUUAAUGUGUGGAUAAACAAUGCUAUCCACAAGGUUAUUGUGAUUCAGUACUAUCAUUUGUAUUUUACCAUGAAUUCUGCAACGCUGAAUCUUCAUCCACCUUCUCUUGUCCCACGAAUCUCACACUGCAAAACCAUACGAGAGUUGAAGCAAUUUCACGCCCUUUUCUUCAAAACAGCUCAAAUUCAUGACAUUUCAUUGGCAACAGACUUCCUUAAGCUAUGCGCCACCUCGGAUUAUCGUGAUACUCAGUAUGCCCUCUCUGUUUUCGCCCAAUUACAAGAACGCAAUUGCUUUUCUUGGAACACUAUGAUCAGAGCACUUGCUGAAAGCGACGAUGACUAUGGGCCAUUGGACGCUUUCUUCUUGUUUUGUCAAAUGGUUUCUGAGGGAAUUGCAGAACCUAAUCGCUUUACCUUCCCUUCUGUCUUAAAAGCAUGCUCUAGGUUCGCCAGGUUGGAAGAAGGAAAACAAGUUCAUGGUUUUGUAAUCAAGUGUGGAUUGGACAGUGAUGAAUUCGUCACGACCAAUUUACUGAGGAUGUAUGUAAUGUGUGGGAGUAUGGAGGAUGCCCAAAUUUUAUUCACUAGAAAUAUUGAUGGGGUUGAAGAUGUGAGCAGAAUGGUGAGGGAUAGUAAGAGGAAGCGAGAGGGUAAUGUGGUCCUUUGGAAUGUGAUGAUUGACGGAUAUGUAAGACUAGGAAACAUCAAAGCUGCCAGUGAAUUGUUCGAGAGAAUGCACCAAAGAAGCGUGGUUUCAUGGAAUGUCAUGAUAUCUGCAUGUGCACAAAAUGGGAUUUUCAUGAAGGCCGUGGAAAGGUUUCACGAGAUGCAAAUGGAAGGUGUGUCCCCAAAUCGUGUGACUUUGGUCAGUGUGCUGCCAGCAAUUUCGCGCCUUGGAUCCCUUGAAUUAGGGAAAUGGGUUCAUUUAUAUGCAGAGAAGAAUAAGAUUCCGAUUGAUGAUGUGCUUGGCUCUGCUUUAGUGGAUAUGUAUGCAAAGUGUGGGACUGUUGAGAAGGCAAUUCAGGUCUUUGAGAUACUCCCUAAACGUAAUGUCAUAACUUGGAAUGCUAUAAUCGGUGGUCUUGCCAUGCACGGUAGAGCCAAUGAUGCCUUGAAUUAUUUUUCAAGAAUGGAAAAAAGUGGGGUGUGCCCUAGUGAUGUUACAUACAUUGCAAUCUUGACUGCUUGUAGUCAUGCAGGUUUAGUGGACAAGGGCAGAUCCUUUUUCAAUCAUAUGGUUGAUAAGCUUAGAUUUGAGCCUAGAAUAGAACACUAUGGAUGCAUGGUUGAUCUUUUGGGUCGUGCUGGUCUUUUAGAAGAAGCUGAAGAGCUUAUACUGAACAUGAACAUAAGAUCAGAUGAUGUCAUUUGGAAGGCCUUGCUUGGUGCUUGUAAGAUGCAUAAAAAUAUUGACAUAGGUAGGCGAGCAGCUGAAGUUUUAAUGCAUUUGGCUCCUCAUGAUAGUGGGGCAUACGUGGCUCUUUCAAACAUGUAUGCUGCAGUAGGAGAUUGGGAUGCUGUUGCAGGGGUGAGGUUGAAGAUGAAAGACUUGGACAUAAGGAAAGACCCUGGAUGUAGUUGGAUUGAGAUUGAUGGGGUGAUUCAUGAGUUUCUUGUUGAAGAUGAUUCCCACCCUAGAGCCAAAGAAAUAAACUCAAUGUUGGAGGAAAUUUCCCACAAGUUGAGUUUGGAAUGUCAUAGGCCAGACACUACACAAGUCUUGCUUAACAUGGAUGAAAAACAAAAAGAAAGUUUGCUGCACUACCAUAGUGAGAAGAUUGCAGUGGCCUUUGGCUUAAUUAGUACAUCGCAAACACCCCUUAGCAUAGUAAAAAACUUGCGCAUUUGCGAAGAUUGUCAUUCAUCAAUGAAGUUGAUCUCAAGAAUUUAUGAGCGUAAGAUAACAAUUAGGGAUAGGAAACGCUUUCACCAUUUUCAGCAUGGUUCAUGCUCUUGUAUGGACUACUGGUAGUCUGCAAAUCAUUGACAACUCUAAUUUUUAGACAUUGGAUCGGUACACUUUAUUGUCCUGAUUAUAAAUAAUUGAUUUGUUUCUGCAAAAUAAAGCGUGUGAUUUAUUGUA